CGUGGUUUGAUAGGAAUAUAACGGAAAAGGCUAAAAAGAAAAGCGGACGAAGAAGCAGGGAGUAAGUGAGUGAUUGGAGAGAGUGGAAGAUGGCGAGCGUUCCGAAUUCGAAAUUAGCAGUAGCAGCAGCAGAUUUAGAAGAUGAAGAAAGCUUCGCGUAUGCUUCACAGCUUGGAAGCUCCGUAGUGCUUCCCAUGGCACUUCAAUCCGCGAGUGAGUUGGGAGUAUUUGACGUAUUGCAAAAAGCGGGUGCUGAUGCUAAGCUAUCAGCAAAGGAUAUUGCGUCACAGCUUUCGUGCGAAAACCCACAAGCUCCCUCAAUGCUAGAUCGUAUCCUCGCCCUUCUUACCUCUCACUCCAUUCUCAUCUGUUCCCUCAUUCCCGACCACCAAAACAUUGGAUCCUUUCUCAGACUCUACACCAUCACUCCGGUAGCCAAGUUCUUUGCUCGCAACUCCGAUGGAGUUUCCUUGACCCCCUUGAUGGCUUUGAUUCAAGAUCAAGUCUUCCUCCAAAGCUGGUCCGCGCUGAAAGAUGCAAUUAAGGAAGGGGGUAUUCCAUUCAACAGGGUUCAUGGCACUCAUGCUUUUGAGUAUCCAAACUUGGACUCAAGGUUCAAUCAAGUUUUUAAUGCAGCAAUGGUCGGUAACACCACUCUAGUGAUGAAGAAGGUUCUGGAAUGCUACAAAGGUUUUGGGGAUAUAAAAAGGCUUGUGGAUGUUGGCGGUGGUCUUGGGAUCAACAUCAACAUGAUCAUUUCCAAAUACCCUCAUAUCCAGGGUAUCAAUUUCGACCUGCCUCAUGUCAUAGAACAUGCCCCUUCCUAUCCUGGAGUGGAGCACGUUCGUGGAGAUAUGUUUGAAAGUGUACCAAAAGGAGAUGCCAUCUUUCUGAAGUGGAUACUUCAUGAUUGGAGUGAUGAGCACUGUUUGAAGCUGUUGAAGAAUUGCUAUGAUGCCAUUCCUGAUGAUGGGAAAGUGAUUCUUGUGGAGGCAGUUCUUCCAAUAAUACCAGAGACUAAUACUUCUUGGAGGUCCGUUUCCCAAACUGAUGUUCUGAUGAUGACUCAAAACCCCGGUGGGAAAGAGCGAACUGAGCAAGAAUUCUUGGAAUUGGCAACUUCUGCUGGAUUUAGUGGAAUCAGAUAUGAAUGCUAUGUUCGCACCUUCUGGGUUAUGGAGUUCUUCAAGUAGACCAUCUCCUACUCUGCUUACUUGGUUCUGCGUUUCAUGUUUAUGGUUUUCUGCAUUUCAAAAUCAAUAAUUAAACACGCUUGACUUUGUAUUACGUUCGUGUUUCAACUUAUAACUAGCAAGAUUCUAAUGCAAGCUUUUAAAAAAAAUAUUAAAAUUAAUGUUGUUAAACAUUGGUGAAGUGAAAUUAAUCUUGAGAAAAAAAAACAUGCAUUCAUUGCCAACAAUGAAAACUUUAUUUCGUUAGAUUAAACAAAUUAGAAAGAAAAUAUAUUUAGAAUUAAGGAGAAAUUUAUUUUAAAGGAUUAUUUGAAUGAAAUUAUGUUAUUUAAAUGCUUAUUAAUAUGAUAUAAUGUGUAAAUAUUUUAAAGUUAAUAUUCAAAUUAAAUUGAGAUUGGUCAAAUUUAAGAUAUAAAAAAGGGUUAAAAAAAAUUACUAGAUGUGUUUUAUAUGAAAGGUUACAUUACUCAAUAAAAAAUAAUAAGGAUAUGUUUGAUUUUUCUUUUAAAAAGAGUUUUUAAUCUUUUUUAAAUAUAAUAUAAAAUUGAAAACUCUUUUAAAAAUAGAAAAUAAUAGCUCUAAAUCUUUUAAAUUUUCUUAUUUAAAAGUACUCAGAUUUUAAACCAAGACAGAAGAGGGUGAAAAUGAAACUUCAUUUUAAUUCUACAAAUGUCACUUAGUGUGUUUGGUUUGUUACAACUCUAGGAUGAUUUUAAUGUCCUUCCUAAAAUUUUUGUAAGAGAAAAAUGUUUUUUAAAAAGGCUUGCAUACAUCAUGAAUUGUUGAUUAAAAAGUUUUUUAAUUGAAUAGUUAAAAAAAGGUUAAAUUUACCAAAAAAAACAUUUUAGUAAUUUUAAUAUCAUCUUCCUCUUCCUCUGUCUUCCCCGGUGAAAUCCUCCACAACAGCAAGUAAAGCAUUUGUCAUGGCUACCAAAAGAUUAGGGCAGUUCUUUGACAUGGCUACCACAGCUGCAUUUGUCAUUCUCUG